AGUGUGUACAGACGCUGUUGUGUUUCUACAUGGGAAAAAGAAGUCAUCUGUAUUUAAUUAGCACUAUAAUGGCGAUAAUCCUUCUCGUCAUGUUUAUCUUGCACAGCACCAUCAAUUCACACUCUGUGGCAUCAGGGUGGAAAAGAGACUUUAACAAUUUGGCAAAGUCCUUCUAUAAACUGGACGUGUCCUGGCCCAAAUAUUCUGAGCAUUUUACUGGACAGGUUUUCGGAGUGGCUGUUAAUCAUCUGGCUGGUACAGUGUACGUUGCACAGAGAGGUGAGAAUGUGCCCAAAGUGUUGGUGUUUAGCACAGAUGGAGAGUUCCUACAAGCCUGGAACACCAGCACUCUGGAGAUGCCACAUGGGAUUUUUCUGGCCAGUGCAGCGAAAGACCCCUCAGUUUGGAUAACAGAUGUGGGUAAUGGGCCGUAUGGUCACACUAUAAAGCAGUACUCCCCAUCAGGGAAGUUGCUGCAGGUUCUGGGUUCGGCAGGGAAGGCUGGCUCUGGUCUCAGCCCACUACAGUUCGACCAGCCCGCUGAAAUCUUCAUCCACGACUCCACCAGAGAGAUUUAUAUCGUGGACGGAGACGGAGGAAUGAACAACCGCCUCAUCAAGCUCUCUAAAGACCUGCAGAUGGUGUGGAUGCAUGGAGAAGAAGGACAGGGACUCGCACAGUUCUACAUCCCUCACAGUGUGGCCGUGGAUAAUUAUCAGAGAGUGUGGGUUGCUGAUCGAGGAAAUAAGCGGAUUCAGGUGUUUAACUCGGUGACGGGGGACUGGCUGGGCUCAUGGGGAAGCUGCUUCACUGAUGAUGCACCUUACUCUGUAAGACUCACACCUGAUCAGAAAUACCUGGUGGUUGCACAGCUGAACAUUAACCGCAUCUCUCUGCUGGAGGCUCCACCUGUUGGAAUCAUCGGUCAGUGUAAAGUGGUCAGUUCCAUCCAGCUGGCCGAAGACAUCAAACCUCACCUGGUGGAUCUGGAUCAGAAAACUGGGGAGCUUUACGUGGCAGAAAUCGGCGGUCAGCAGGCUCAGAGGUUCAUACCCAUCAUGUCUGAAAGCAACAUACUCUAAAUCUGAGACCGUGGUCGCUCGGUUUACUCGGUUAAGGGGGAACUCGCACGGUUUGAGCGUGUUACUUAGUAUCGCUGAGACUGAUGUACAUUUGUAAUAACCUCAUGAGGAGAAAGCAGGUACAGCGAGUAAAGCACUUUAUUUAAAUGUUCAGCUUAAUCAAAGUACUUUAACAGUUAUGUAGAUACAGUACUGGUUUUAGGUGGAGGAAAAGUUUAAAGGUAAAAGCUGGACUUGUACUCAGAUUGUACAUCUGUACAAUUAUGUGAUGUAUUUUUUUUUCUUUAGGGUUUAAAGUGGUUUCAAAAGUGUGAAUUAUAUUUUGCUUGAACUUUGUGUUAUAUUGAAUAUUAAUGUGCAAUCUACUGUUAUCAUUACUAUGGGAAAGUGGUGUAUUGCCUUCCAUGUUUUAUAUUCCCCCCUAAUAUUCUCCCCAAUCCAGCAAUCCUUCACUCCCGAUCUUAGGAGAACCACAACCAGCAGACACACCUUUUUGUUUUCUAUAUGAAUUUUGAAAAUUGACCUGUGUGAAGCAGCCAGUCGCUUCUUCACCAGCCAGUGACAGAUUCUAACAGAGACCAGACGCACAGGUACCACGCUUAUCUUCCAGUAUUCUCCCCCAUUAUUUGCCAGUGCCUCAAAAACACAGUAGGAGUUUUCAGUAGGAGUGUCAAGAUGAUUAGAUUCAAUCCGUCCUUUUCUUCCUCGGACGCCAAAUUUUAGAUUGUUUAAUCUGUGUAGUUGGAAGGAGAGGUUUAGGUAAUUUAAAGGCAUCACGCCUUGCUCAAACCAAAUAGCCUUAUUCAAAACUUAAUCAUCUGGUCAAAAAACAAAAAAGUAUUUGGCCAGUACCGGACAAAAAUGCUGGAUUAUUAUUGGGUUGGAUUUGACAUGUUUUUUAGUUGAUUUGACAAAUGCUGUAAAGGUGUUGAUUUUACCUGAUGUGAUACAACUAAAUGCAAGAGUCUGAAUGAAGGACCCAAACUGUGCUUCAGAUAGCUACUAAUGCAACUUAAGUUUACAUAACUUGUUUGUUUGAGUGUAAUUGCUUACAGUGUCACUGUGCCAUGUCUUAAAAUGUAAACUAACAGCUCUGAUACUGGAAUUGGAGCUAAAAUAGGUAAAAUGUACAGGAUAUACCUGGUUACAAUAACCUUACAGUAUAUUUUGUAAAGUACACACAAGGAUAAGUGAUUAAACUGUUUGUAUUAUGUAUGUAGAUCAGGUAUUGUGCUUUCAUUAAUGCACCAUCCGGGACCAUCCGUGUUUUGAUAUUGAGCAGUGCUCUUUACCUUUUUUAUGUGUAUGUGCUGACAUUAUUAAUUUGCUUCAGACUGUUUAACAACGGAAUACAAUGUAAAUCAGCAUGUGAGUACAAAUAACAAAACCUAAACAGUAUCAACUGAAAGAGCAGCUGUGUUGAAGAACUGUACACCACUGUUGGAUCAAAAAUGAUGUGAAUUAUUAAAGCCGUUUUCACAGCUUCA